CAAAGGUGCAUAUCGCACUUGGGGUAUAGCAUUCAAUAUCUUUACCUGAGUUAUUUCGUCGAACGGUCCCCAGUGUCUACUGUUUAGUCAGUAGCAAUUGUUUCGCGUUCUCACUCGCGUUUUAGUCAUUUUAAAAUGUCGGAAAGACUAUGGUUGCUCGUAGAAUGGUUGGAUGAACGUCACCUUUUUCCCAGUUAUGGGGUGGUUAAUGUUGGAUCUUUAGUUGGUAAUGAAACUGAUCUGCAUGUUGGGAAAUUUAUAUUUGUUCGAGAUAAACACAGGAUUAAUAGUCGGCGGGCGCAAGUCGUGAGAAUAUCCGAUAACAAGCACUAUGUGAAAGAACAAAAGGAGUUGGCGGAGCGAGAGGAUCGCCAAGUGAAGAAUGUGUUGUCCCUGUGUAUGCGCACUAUUCGAGAAAUGAAGUCCGGCCCAAUGUUUUCCGGGUCGAGGGGUUCCGGUCAACCGUUUCAAGGAGCUUCCACUGGGCCGGUGUCAUUGCCUCAAGUGGUGAUGGAUACUGACAACACCACCAGCGAAAGUGAACAGGAGAUGCCUUAUGAAGUCAACCGACGUCACAAAAAGGUCCAAAACGCUCACUACCAUCGCGACGCUUCGAGCAGCCGAAGCGGACAGUCCUUUCGAGUCGAAGCUUCAAAGUCUUCAAACCCCAGGAGCCGCUCCAUGAUCUGCAGCACUCCAGUGUCAGCACAAGCACGACCCGUCUUGACCUUCGACCAGAGCACCCAAGUAGACUUCGACUCGAAAGACCGAAAAGAAAAGGUGGAAGAGAUGGAGGAUAUCGUGACAGGUCUCUACGCCCGCUACUUAGAAAUAGUGAAUAGAUGUCAUCGUGAGAAUACCCCGUUACCAGAGGGUAUUUCUGAGCCUUUCGAACAGAAUGGUGUGGCUGAACGUCAGAACGGGUCAAGGUCACCUAUGGAGCAAGCAGUGGAGGAGGAUUUGACGAUGAACGGCCAUGUUAAUGGCGAAGGAGUUUCGAAUCCUAAAACUCUGGAAGUUCGUCGAGUUUCUGCGCACACUACCAAUACUGGCGAACCGAGCUAUAAUGGCAUCGAUUACGAUAUGGUACCGAUUGGAGCUGGUAACGCUGUUGUGCCUAGGAGACUGUUGAACGAUAUAGACUGGAUAUCCUACAGCGCUGCCACUAGGCAACUUCUCCAAGCAGUUUUUCCUCGCAGGGUACUUGCUACUCAUUCACUGACUGGCAAGCAAUCGCCAGCCUUCAUGAACAUCCCGCCCAAGAAGCGGCUCGACCCUAAAAUCGUGAAUGAUAUCGUGGACACCGUCGCUGAACGCUGCGGCGUUUCUAAACGGCUGGUCAGAGGCAGCAUUACAAUAAAGUGCACUGACGAGGCGAAGCUCUACCGUAAUCGGCUGCACUACCGACAGUCCCGCCAGCUCCCGAACCAAGAAAACGUCCCACCCGGGCCGUCCUCAGACGAAUCUUCUACCGUCACCGAAUAAUUUCGCUGACAUGGCGCUGCCUAGUUUAUAAUGAGUAUGAGUAUGACUAAUGCAGGGGUUUCCAAUGUGCGCCGCAGACACUCAAAAUGCGCCGUGAGGCAAUCUUCACCGUUUUACAAUAACCGGGCACCGUUAAUCAAAUAGUUAAAUUCGAUAAUCGCUAAUCCGUUACUAAAAAAGUUAACUUCGUUAAUCGUUAAAACGAUACAUUUUGACAGAUUUAACGGGAGUUAAAGUUAAUCGAUGUGC